AUGGCGGAUUUGGGGGAUCUGGGGGAUGAGGUUACUAAAAAGCUUCAGAAGUUCUCGUUAUCUGUUAAAGAAUCUGGAGGUGUUGAAAUACAGCGCAGAGACAUUGCGUCGAGUGAGGAGGAAUGCGGGAAUAGUUUGUUUGGGAAAGUGAUUGGUGUCCGUAAGGCUUCACUUCUGGGGGUUAAGCGAGCUAUGAGUUCAAUAUGGCGUCUUCACCAAAGAUUAGAGGUACGUGAACUGGAAACAAAUUUUUUUCAAUUCAUCUUCUCCUCGAAAGAUGAUAGAAAAAGGGUUAUGGCGGGGCAUAGUUGGCUAUUCGAGAACCAAUAUCUGGUUUUAAAAGAAUGGCGGAGGGGAUUAACCAACAGGCACCAAAGUUUCGACCAAGUGAAUUUAUGGGUUCAUGUUCUAAAUGUUCCUUUUAACUGGAUGAGCAGUGAAGUUGGGCUGAAAAUUGGGGAGGUGUUUGAGGGGGUGAAGAAUGUCACUAUCUGCAGAUUAGGAGGGGACGAGGGCAGCUACAUUAAGCUAUUGGCAACCAUUAAUACGAAGGAGCCAUUGCCUCGUUGUACAGUGGUGAAGCUUCAGGAUGAGCAGACAAUGGUUCAAUUCAAAUACGAACGUUUAGUAAUCUUGUGCUACUAUUGUGGUUGUAUUGGCCAUCUUGAUAAAAAUUGUGAAACUCAGCUGAUGGAUAUUGAAAAUAGAUGUCUGCAAGAAGGGCAAUUUGGGGACUGGCUUAAAGCUGCUGAUUUCAUCUAUGGGAACAGACACUCAGCUAAUAGUGGCUCAGAACCUAAAGAGAGUUGUCCUGCUCCAAGUCCUCAGAUGGACACCAAUGCUGCAGCAAGUACCUCGAGGCAUCCACCACAAUCUGAGAAAGGGGAUAAUAGAGAAGGUGGCUCUUCUGUUCAUAAAGCUCCUAGUGUUAAGGAGGGUGGUCAAUCUCUGGAGUUGGUGAUGGUGUCUCCUUUGGGUGAUGAAGAGGAUAUUGCUGAAGUGGAGACCAGGAAAGAGGGUGGAGAGAAGAGUGAUAUUAUGGUGAUAGCAGAAGAUGAUUCUCCUUUGAUAGAUGUUGGAGAUGAAGCUGAAGUGCUGCUGGCUGAUAGCAGGAGAACAUGGAGAAGAGCUGCAACAAAAGCUGGUAGGCUACUGAUAAGUCCGGAGCCUGAGAAGAGCAAAGGUGGUCUUUUAUUGAUGUGGGAUCAGGAGGUUGAAAUCAGAAAGCUAGAAGGAAAUGAAUUUUGUAUUCAGGUGGAAGUCAGGGGCCCUGGUAUGAGUUAA